UCUGAUUCAAAGACGAUAAUAUUAAAAAUAAGAGUGCGAACUUUCCUUAUGCUAAUAAAUGUCAAUUUCAUAGAUUUUUAUAUAUGAGAUGUAAUUAAUACACUUCAACUCUGAUUCGAUUUUGCAUAAAAAUCAUACUCAUUCACUAGUUUGCCCUUGAUAAGUAUUUUCAUAGUUAGGUUCUGCUAUCUUGUAUUCGAAAUGGGCUUCACGACAGCUUACUUAGGAGGUCUAUGUCUCAAAGUAUACAGUAUUGUCUUGGCUGUGGAAUAAUUUAAACUACAAAUAGCAGCAGCCUAGUGUAAUUUAUAUACAUAUAUAAGUACAUCUUUGAUUCUUAGCUUUUUAUCGAGCACGAGAGAAAUUAACUAAUUCUUUCUAUCAGGAGAUAUAUGACAGUAUUUUCUUUUGGAUUUUUGAAUAGAAGGUUGUAUGCCUUUUUAUUAUUAACGGGUUUUGACUCUAUAAGUAUGGAGUGAAGAUAAAGAAGCA